AUGCCGGAGCUGGCGGUGCAGAAGGUGGUCGUCCACCCCCUGGUGCUUCUCAGUGUAGUGGAUCACUUCAACCGAAUAGGCAAGGUUGGAAACCAGAAGCGUGUCGUUGGUGUGCUUUUGGGGUCAUGGCAAAAGAAAGUACUUGAUGUAUCUAACAGUUUUGCAGUCCCUUUCGAUGAAGAUGACAAAGAUGAUUCUGUCUGGUUUUUAGACCACGAUUAUUUAGAAAACAUGUAUGGAAUGUUUAAAAAAGUCAAUGCUAGAGAAAGAAUAGUUGGGUGGUACCACACAGGCCCUAAACUACAUAAGAAUGACAUCGCCAUCAAUGAGCUCAUGAAAAGAUACUGCCCUAACUCAGUAUUGGUCAUUAUUGAUGUCAAGCCAAAGGACUUGGGGCUGCCAACUGAAGCAUAUAUCUCAGUGGAAGAAGUUCAUGAUGAUGGAACUCCAACUUCAAAAACAUUUGAACAUGUAACCAGUGAAAUUGGAGCAGAGGAGGCUGAAGAAGUUGGAGUUGAACACUUGUUAAGAGACAUCAAAGACACGACAGUGGGCACGCUUUCCCAGCGAAUCACAAACCAAGUCCAUGGUUUGAAGGGACUGAACUCCAAGCUUCUGGAC